CGGGCUUCAAAGACGGUAACGGACUUCGAUGCUGACGGCUUCACCGUACGAUUGGCCCCGGAAACUCGCCGGAAAACCAACCUCGGCGACCUUUUGGUGGGGUCUCCGGUGAAUCUGGAGAGGGCACUGCAACCUACGGCCAGAAUGGGCGGGCACAUUGUUCAGGGACACGUGGACGGCACAGGAUCGAUCGUGAUGAAGCGGAAGGAGGGUGACUCGCUCUGGAUGAAAAUUAUUUCUGAUGAGUUGAUGAGGUACAUUGUGCCCAAGGGGUUUAUCGCCGUCGAUGGGACGAGUUUAACGGUGGUAGAUGUGAUUGAUGAAGAGGGGUGUUUUACCUUUAUGUUGGUUGCUUAUACUCAAGAAAAGGUGAUUAUUGCUAAGAAGGAGGGUGGGGAUAGGGUUAAUUUGGAGGUCGAUAUUUUGGGUAAAUAUGUGGAGAGAUUGUUGAGGCUUGGCCCAAACCCUAACCAUAAGCCUCAGUUUAGUGAUUCUUCUUAAUUUAAUUUAA